UUUAUAUCUCUCGUCUUCGGUCUCCGUCGUCAGAAGCCAAAUCAAGCUUCGUUAAUCGUCGGCGAUGGAUGACACUCCAGCUCCGGAUUCACCGAAGCUGCCAAUCCCUGGUCGCCGGAACAUCCUCAUCACGAGCGCCCUCCCCUACGUCAACAACGUCCCUCACCUCGGCAACAUCAUUGGAUAUUUUCUGCUUUUGUAUGGACGAAAUAUGAAUCUUUUCCGGAUUUUCGAUGAAGGCGUUUUGAGCGCGGAUGUGUUUGCUCGGUACUGCCGCCUAAGGGGUUAUAACACCAUAUACAUCUGUGGCACGGAUGAGUACGGGACCGCGACAGAGACGAAGGCUAUGGAGGAGAAUUGCUCUCCUGAGGAAAUUUGUGAUAAGUACCAUGCAAUUCAUAAGGAUGUUUAUAAGUGGUUUGACAUAAGCUUUGAUGAGUUUGGGCGCACAUCCUCUCCACAGCAGACCCAAGUCUGUCAAUCAAUUUUCCAGAAACUGAUGGAGAAUAACUGGUUGUCCGAGAAUACUAUACAGCAGCUUUAUUGUGAUUCAUGUCAACGUUUCUUAGCUGAUCGUCUUGUGGAGGGAACAUGUCCUACACUAGACUGUCAUUAUGGGUCUGCACGUGGUGAUCAGUGUGAAAAGUGUGGAAAAUUAUUAAAUCCUACUGAACUAAUAGAUCCAAAAUGCAAGGUUUGCCAAAAUACCCCACAUGUACGUGAUACAGACCAUUUGUUUCUAGAGCUACCUUUAUUAAGAGGGAAAUUGGAAGAAUAUAUUGAUGCUAUGUUGGUAGUUGGCUCGUGGAGCCAAAAUGCUGUUCAAGCAACAAAUGCAUGGCUGAAGGAGGGCUUGAAACCGCGCUGCAUCACUAGGGAUCUAAAAUGGGGGGUUCAUGUACCACAUGAAAAAUAUAAAGAUAAGGUUUUCUAUGUGUGGUUUGAUGCACCAAUUGGAUAUAUCUCAAUCACUGCAUGCUACACUUCUGAGUGGGAGAAGUGGUGGAAGAAUCCUGAAAAUGUAGAGUUGUAUCAAUUCAUGGGGAAGGAUAAUGUGCCAUUUCACACGGUAAUGUUUCCUUCCACUCUACUUGGAACGGGAGAAAAGUGGACAAUGAUGAAGACCAUCAGUGUGACGGAAUAUUUAAAUUAUGAAACAGGAAAGUUUUCUAAAACUAAGGGCAUAGGAAUUUUUGGUAAUGAUGCAAAGGAAACAAAUAUUCCAGCAGAAGUAUGGAGAUAUUAUUUACUUACCAAUAGGCCUGAGGUAUCUGACACCUUAUUUACAUGGGUAGACUUGCAGGCUAAGCUGAAUAGCGAAUUGCUCAAUAAUCUGGGAAAUUUUGUGAAUCGUGUAUUGAGCUUUAUUGCUAAACCUGAAGGAUCAGGGUAUAAUUCUUUCGUUCCUGAUGCGCCAGAUGCAGAAUUACACGAUCUAACCAAAGAUGUAGGAGAAAAAGUUGGUAAAUUGGUUUAUCAAUAUCUUGACGCUAUGGAAAAGGUAAAGUUAAAGCAGGCAUUGAGGAUUGCUAUGAGCAUAUCUAGCGAAGGAAAUGCAUAUCUGCAAGAGAGCCAAUUUUGGAGGCUUUACAAGGAAGAUCCUACAUCUUGUGCCAUUGUGAUGAAGACAGCAGCUGGGCUUGUCUACCUUCUUGCAGCUUUGCUAGAACCCUUUAUGCCUUCUUUCUCCAAGGAAGUGCUAAAGCAACUAAAUUUACCACCUGCAUCACUUCUCUCAUUCUACGACGACAAUGGAAUAUCAAAUAUUGGGAAAAUGCCUUGGCAGUUUCUGCCUUCUGGACUCUGUAUUGGGAAACCUGAGCCACUAUUUAAGGAACUUAAAGAUGAAGAUGUAGAGUAUUUUAGGGCAAGAUUUUCAGGUAGCCAAGCUGAAAGAAGGAAAGCAGAAUCUGAUGCAAAUAAGAUAGCUGAACAGCUAACGAACACCAAUAUAACAGAAACUAGUGCAAAGAAACACCAAAGCAAAUCAGGUCAAAAUACAAAGGCAGAGGCUGCAGAAACUGAUUCAUCCAUUUCAAAACUAGACAUCCGAGUGGGCAUCAUAAGAAAAGCUCAGAUACAUCCAGAUGCUGACAACCUUUACGUGGAAGAAAUUGAUGUGGGCGAGGAAUCAACAAGAACAGUAGUUAGUGGACUAGCCAAGUGCAUUCCUCUUCAACAAUUGGAGAACCGCAAGGUCUGUGUUCUUUGCAACUUGAAACCAGCAACAAUGCGUGGCAUUAAAUCUCAUGCCAUCGUCCUGACUGCAUCAAGCAACGACAAUACAAAGAUGGAAUUGGUUGAUCCACCUGCGGCAGCUGCAGUGGGCGAACCAGUGACUUUCCCUGGAUACUCCAAUGAACCAGAAAGAAUAUUAAGUGCAAAGAGCAAGGUGUGGGAGAAGGUGCAGGCAGAUUUGCAUACAGAUUCAGCACUGGUGGCCUGUUACAGGGAUGUCCCCUUCACAACAUCGGCUGGGGUAUGCAAGGUCGCAACCAUCGCCAAUGGCGUAAUAAGUAUUAGGAAACACCAAAGUGUGGGUUCAAUAGAGUGACAAGACCAAGAAAAAUGCACAAGAUAAACUCAAAAGCAGUUGCCUCAGAUUUGCAGAAUAUCAACACAGCCCCAAGAGCUAAUCAGCCCCGAAAGAUGGUAUUUUGAUGAUUAGGUUUCUUCACAGGCAACAAGAGAUCAGUGAGCACAACACAAAUGUUUACCAAUAUUCCUUUAAAAAAAAGAAUAAAUUUUGCGUAAGAGCGAAUUGAGAAUGGCUCAGAAUUGCAGAUUCACAACAUGGCCAAAAGAGGCCAAUCAGUCCCAAAAGAUGGUGUGAUCAACAAGCGAUUCUUCACAGGCGAAGAUGUAAAUCUAGCACUGAAAUCACAGAUAAAGAACGAAAAAAAAAGGUUGAAAGAUCAAGCGAGUUAAAACGCCUCGGAUUAAAAGAAUGACAGCAUGGAUACAAUGAUCCAAUCAGCCCCGAAAGAUGGUAUUUGGUUUCGGAUU